AUGACGUCAAUAAUCAAAUUGGAGGCCUUAUCAGGUGUGCAGGAUGAUGGGCCAUUAUGCUAUCUUUUACAGGUUGAUCAAGUUUAUUUUUUAUUGGAUUGUGGUUGGGAUGAACGAUUUGAUAUGGCAUACAUAGAAGCUGUAAAAAGGCGUGUUCCUCUUAUUAACGCUGUUUUAUUAUCAUAUGCUGAUAUACCACACCUCGGUGCUUUACCUUAUCUUGUCCGAAAAUGUGGCCUGAAUUGUCCUAUUUAUGCCACGGUUCCUGUGUAUAAGAUGGGACAAAUGUUUCUUUAUGAUUGGGUUAACAGUCACACUAGCGUCGAAGAUUUCAACUUGUUCAAUUUGGACGAUAUUGAUGCAGCGUUUGAGCGAGUGCAACAAGUGAAAUAUAGUCAGACGAUUUUAUUGAAAGGCGAUAAUGGCCUUCAAAUAACGCCACUACCAGCUGGACAUAUGAUUGGCGGUGCAAUAUGGCGGAUCACAAAAAUGGGCGAUGAAGAAAUUGUCUAUGCAGUUGAUUUCAAUCACAGAAAAGAACGCCAUUUGAAUGGUUGUACAUUUGAAGGUAUUGGGCGACCAAAUCUGCUGAUCACUGAUAGUUUCAACGCAUUGUAUAAUCAGCCACGUCGGAAGCAACGGGAUGAACAGUUGGUAACCAGGCUUCUGGGUACCGUAAGAGAUGGUGGUGAUGUAAUGAUUGUAAUCGACACGGCAGGAAGAGUAUUGGAAAUAGCACACUUGCUUGAUCAGUUAUGGCAUAAUGCGGAGGCUGGUUUGAUGACAUAUAAUUUGGUUAUGCUAAGUCACGUCGCUUCAUCGGUAGUUGAGUUUGCGAAGUCACAAGUAGAAUGGAUGUCUGAUAAAGUGCUGAAAUCCUUUGAAGUUGGCCGCUACAAUCCAUUCCAGUUUCGACAUGUGCAGCUUUGUCACACUCAUACGGAUUUGAUACGAGUACGAAGUCCAAAGGUUGUACUUGUCAGUGGACUGGAUAUGGAAAGUGGCUUUUCCAGAGAGUUAUUUCUAGAGUGGUGUACGGACGUAAAGAACUCUGUUAUUGUUACUGGACGCUCUGGUGAUCGUACUCUCGGUGCGCGAUUAAAACGGAUGGCUGAACAAGCAGCAGAAAAUCCCAAUGGUACCAUAAAUCGUAAUCUAACUUUAGAAGUGAAACGAAGAAUCCGUUUAGAAGGCGUUGAGUUGGAGAAUUAUCGAGCUAAAAAGCGAGCUGAAGAACGUGAAGCAACUCGAAUUAGAUUAGAAGCAUCACGACGAAACGCUAGACUCGAGCAGGCCGAUUCAUCUGAUGACAGUGAUGACGAUGCGGUUAUGAUUGUUCCUGCGACGACUUCUAGCGUAUUAAAUGGCAAAAUAACUAAUUCGAAACGUAAUAUUACGUCAUCUUUUAGCGCUUCUACGACGACUCCCAUAGUUGAUCUGUCAGCAGCUCAAAUAGCCGAACAAAGGUCACACGAUAUUAUGUGGAAAUGGGAACAGCAGCAGAAAUCAUCAUUCUUCAAACAAAGCAAAAAAUCAUUUCCUAUGUUUCCGUACAUUGAAGAAAAAACUCGGUGGGAUGAUUAUGGUGAAAUUAUACGGCCGGAGGAAUACAUGAUCGCGGAUACACCUGUAGUACCACAAAUGCCUCCUGAGCAUAAGGAUGGCAUUGUUGACGGUUCGCUUGAUGGACAAGUGGUACCUCUUUAUGAAGAACGGGAAUGGCCAUCAAAAUGUAUUAGUCAAAUCAUGAAAAUAGAGGUACUUUGUAAAGUAGACUUCAUCGAUUUCGAAGGACGCAGCGAUGGCGAAUCGGCAAAAAAAAUUUUGUCACAAAUAAAACCGAAGCAGCUGAUAAUUGUUCAUGGUUCCUCAGCGGCUACUCGACAUCUUGCGCAAUAUGCUCAACAAAAUGAUAUUGUUCAAGGUAAAAUAUUCACUCCACGGUUGGGUGAAAUUGUUGAUGCAACAAUCGAAUCUCACAUCUAUCAAGUAACAUUGAGUGAUGCCGUUAUGUCGUCAUUAAUUUUCCAAACGGUAAAAGAUGCCGAGUUGAGUUGGCUGGAUGCUCGAAUAGUAAGAAGGAAAACGGUAACGCCGGGACAAACACAAAGUGCAAAUGAAGAAAAUUCAGAAACAAAUGGAAAUAAGGAGGAAGAAGUAGAAGAAAUGGGACUAGAUGAUGAUGUGGAAGGUAAACGUUUGAGCAAUUUGAAGGUUGCAGUUGCGGAUACAUUUUGUCUGGAACCAAUGCUUUCAUCUAAUAUCCCUCCACAUCAGGCAGUAUUUGUCAAUGAUCCAAAACUUUCUGAUGUAAAGCAGUUAUUAACUUCGAAUGGUUUCCGAGCCGAAUUCAGUUCUGGUGUACUAUAUAUAAAUAAUAUUGCAAGCAUUCGACGUAAUGAAGCCGGCCGCUUUCAUGUAGAAGGCUGCGCAUGUGAAGAUUAUUACAAAAUAAGGGAUAUCGUUUAUGCACAAUUUGCAGUUGUAUAG